CAAGUCCAAACCGUCAAAACCCAAGAGCAGAGCAUAGCACAUGAAAUCGAAACCACAAUCGAACUCAUCGUCUUCCUCAUUCUUCUCUCUCGUCCUCUUCUCCCUCUUCUCCUUCAUCGCACUCUCUUCAUCCUCUACAAUGGCCACCCUCGGCGGAAUUCGCGACUCCCCUGCCGGCUCCGAGAACAGCCUCGAGACCGAAUCCCUCGGUCGCUUCGCCGUCGACGAGCAUAACAAGAAGGAGAAUGCUCUGCUGGAGUUUGUUCGAGUGGUGAAGGCGAAGGAACAGGUGGUCGCCGGCACUCUGCACCAUCUGGUUGUGGAGGCCAUCGACGGCGGCAAGAAGAAGCUCUAUGAAGCCAAGGUCUGGGUCAAGCCUUGGUUGGGAUUUAAAGAAGUUCAGGAGUUCAAGCACGCUGAGGAUCUCGAAGCUGCAUCUGAAACGCCGUCGUUUACUGCUUCCGAUUUGGGCGUUAAGCAAGGUGGGCAUGCUCCAGGGUGGCAAGAUGUGCAUCCUCAUGAUCCUCAAGUUCAAGAUGCAGCCAACCAUGCUGUGAAGAGCCUUCAGCAAAGGUCCAAUUCAUUGUUCCCUUAUGAGCUUCAAGAGGUUGUCCAUGCUAAGGCAGAGGUGAUAGAAGAUCAUGCCAAGUUCAACAUGCUUCUUAAGCUGAAGAGGGGAGAAAAAGAAGAGAAAUAUAGAGUUGAAGUGCACAAGAACAAUGAAGGUGCCUACAAUCUAAAUCAGAUGGAGGCACAGCACUCUUAAAUAUAAUUAUUCGAGAGCUUUGUAGCAUCCCAAUCUUAAAACAACUGGGUGUAUAAUACAUGCUUUGCUUUCAUUGCUAUUAGUCUUGCUUUUCAUUUCCUGAACUCUUGAUACACUCUUCCUUAAAUAUCAAUACCAGCUUACCAAGUGUAUUUCAUGUAUAGUAUGGUAAUGCUAUUGCUUCCUUGCAUUUGA